CACCUGUAACCGCGACUGGAAGAAAAUCUGGCCCUGAUUCGUAAAAGGCACCAGAGGUACCAUCUCGUCUCCCGCAUGCUAGUACCUAACCCCAGAUACGAGUUGAAACCUGGUGGCAAGAUCCCACGCCCCAUAGCCAGCCAGAAGAACGGAAUCGGCAUUAGUGGAAUUGGCGAUGAAGGACACAGAUUAUUCACUAUCAACUGCAGAGGUUGGAUGCCUAUGGGGUUCGCAAAGACUGCGCGCAAGCCUUAUGAUUAGGUGCUCACGUAUGGGAUAU